UGUACGCCAUUUUUAUUUAUGUGCGGGGGUUCGGUAGAGUUGAAUACGAGCAGAUAAUAUUUUUAGUGGAAAACGAAAUUUUGGAAUAGUUCGAGAGUCGAUUAGUGAAACAUGUCGUCCCGUGAUAUUUAAAUGACGCCGGUCAUCGUUACGUUUGCACUCGCGAUCAUCGCGUGAGUGACUGUUCGUGCGAAUGGUGAUCAUCCUGAACGCGACUUUCCUUCUCCCCCAGCGCUCCUGUUAAUAAAAUGGAUCAUCGCCAAAAGAUGGUUGUAGUUCCUCAACAAUCGAAAAUUAAAAUUGAGGAUGACGACGACGAGGAUGUGGAAGCACUGAGAUUGGCAGCGCUUAAGUCGUUGCGAACUAAAGAUGCCACGCAUAAGAGGCCAACGAUAUUACAGGUGCAGAAAGUUUUUCCACAAGUAACGCAACCGUCACGUUUCCCAUAUAAAGGUCCAUAUAAAGGGCCUAUAAAGAAAAAUUUCUAUCACAACAAAUUGCAAGGUCAAAGACAAAAUGGGAAUGUGUAUUAUCAAAGCCCUCGUAAUCCAAAUCUAAUAGCGAUAGUUCCUGUAGACGAGCCUUCCCCAAUUCAACAAGCCCAGCUAGCACCUGUAGAAAAGACUGAAUCAUGUGCAGAAUCACAUCCACAAGAAAUAUCGAAAUUCCAUCGUUUUAAAGACACUGGAAGUGCUUCAGAAGAAGAAGAAGCAAAGGAACAAAAAAAUAAUGUAACUUCUAUAAAGAAAGACAUUACUGCAAAGGAAGAACCGGAGGAGUCUUUGGUAGAGACAGAGAGUCAGGAAGAAACUGCAGAAAAUUUGCAAAAAAAUGGAGAUAACCAAGAAGAAGAUGGUAAUGAUGACGAUGAUGAUGUACUCUUAAUGGCUGAUCUCGAAGAGGAAGACAGUUUAGAACGCUUAAUGGAUGAGAUGGAGAGAGAAAUGAAUGAUGGAAAUAAGCCGUCUGAGAAGAAAGAGAAAAAAUUGAAUAAAGGCGAAACUAAGAACAUAGUGAAGAGUGACGAAGGAAAUAAAAAUUUUGAUCAAAAAGUGAAAUCGGAUGAAAAUUGCGGCAAGAAGGAGAGAAGCAACACAAUUACCUCGUCUCUGACUGCGAUUGUCAAAAAUGAUAGACGAUCAGUUUCUCCGCACGUAACGAACCGAGUUGGUCAAAAACGCAAGUCACUGUCUCCAAGGUCACGGUCACGAAAGAAAUCACCAAGAAGAUCUCCCAGAAAAUCUCCGAUCAGACAGCCGAAAAGAUCUCCGAGAGAAUCAUUGAGAUAUAGAUCACCACGCAGAUCUCCGACGUUACGAUAUUCUCGUAGAUCCACAUCACCCAGACUCUCGCCGCGCAGAUCUCCAAACAGAAUAUCCACGAAGAGAUCGCCACUGAGGAAAUUAUCCCCGAGAGGCAGAUCACCCAAGCUUUCGUCGCGUUCCAGAUCGCCCCGUCCGCACAGAUCGAGAUCACCGAGACGAUCGCCUCGAUCGAAAUCUCCGAGGCUGCGUUCGCCAAAAAUAUCACGCUCCAGAUCGCCGAGAUUGUCGAGAUCGAGAUCGCCACGUUACUCGCCGCCGCUCAGAUCGUCCAGAUCCAAAUCUCCCAGAUUAUCGCCAAGAAGAGUGUCGCCUCGUCGACUGCGAUCUAGAUCUAGAUCUCUCGGUUUGUCUCCUCCUCGCAGAGGAUCGCCUCGCUUGCGAUCGCCAAAAGUGUCACCGCGUAGAACACCACCUCGUCUGAGAUCACCGCGACUCUCGCCUCGCAGAUCACCAUGGUCAUCCCCGAGACACUCACCGCGCCUUUCGCCGCGACGAAGGCGAUCUCCCAAGUGGUCACCUAAAGAAUUACCCAGGAAACACGGGCCGCGUUCCAUUACUCCGGAUAUCAAUCGAGACGAGUAUGCAAGAGACCCGUCUCCGAUUUUCAAGAAUACAGCUUCGCCAGAAAUAUCCAGAAUGAGGACAAAGCAAAAGGAUGAAGUGUAUGAAAGAUCAACAACAGCGACGAUCGAAACAGCAAAGGAAUCCGUUGAUAUGAUUAGCGAUCCUGUGCUCGAAGCAAGAAGAAAGAAAUUUGAAUCUACGCGGCCUAUCGAUCCUGUAAAUGCCAAUAAAAAGAUUAAAUUAUCCAAGAAACGUACGACGAAUAUAAAAGUAGAGUCCUCGGAAGGAACGGAGAUUCCAUUAGUUGGUAGAAAGGCAAACAAAACUCUGGAGGAAUUUGAUGUUCAGGAGAUGGAUAUCUGCCUGGCGGCGAAUUAUGAGUUAGAAGAGUUUGAAGAAGCGGUAGAAAAUACAUCACCGACUAUUAUUACAAGCUCUGUAAAUACUUGCAUAGACGUAGAGCCGCAAAAAAUGGAGAAGGAGAAGUCUUUGAAGAAAAAGAAGAAACGCGACAAGGAGUUGUACCAAGUGGGAAAACUGAAAAGCGAACUACCGCUUUCUGAACGUAUCGGAAAAGACAAGAAAUGUAAGAAACGUAAAGAGAUAGACCCCGAGGAUGGUAUAGACGCUAUAUUCGAAGAUAUAGCGGUAGAUGAAGAAGGAGAUUUACGAACAGAGCUCAGCAGGAGGCGCGCGGAAAGAUUGAACAGAGCAGUACCAAUUCAGUCGGCUAGACUGGUUCAGUCAGCUUUUAAAGGCGUUGUUAAUGAGGUUGUGAAAAAUAAUGCGAAAGCUAAUCAGAGACAUGUCCUUAACACUGAUGAAAAAUCUAAUCAAAAGGAAGUUAGACGGGUUACUGUAUUACAUAGAUCAUUAACGGAAUUACACGAUUCUGAAGAUGAAAGUACUCUUGAUUCGAAAGUACCUGUGCGUUUCAGGCUCGGGCUCAACAAACAAGUGCAAGAGUCCAGAGAAUCCAAGGUUACUCGAAAAGCAUCCAAAAGACAGGGUCGUAAGGUAAAGCACAAAAAUCAUUUGUCUACUCUAAAAGAUCCUGAGCAUAUUUCGUAGUGAAUGAAAUUAUGCCUUUAUAUCUACUCUAGAUUUGUAAGUAGUAUGGUAACCUCUUAUCAACAUGGUUUAAUCGAUAUUGAUAUUUUGUGAUACUACCAAGAGUUAAGUAUAUUAUGUAAAAAAAGAUACAUUUUGAAAUAUUCAUACUUUUAUUGAGAGAUCAUAAUGGAAUGAUGGCAGAAAUAAGAAACGAUAAAAACUUGAAAUUAUUAGGCUCUAUGCACAAUAUUUCAUUAUAAUCUUGCAAAUUAGAAUAGUACAAUCUGAUAUAAUUUGAAUAAUGAUCAAUUAUUACAAUUGUAUCAACUUAAUAAAUAACAGUUCUUUGAGUAAUUAAUGAAAAAUAUUUUAAUAAACAAUAUUUUUUGUUCAUUAUGGAGGAAUCUUUUUUUUUUGUUAGGAAUAUUUUUUUGUUAAAAAUUAUUUUAAGUAAAUAAUUACUCAUAAAAAUAAUUUAUUAACUAAGUUAUGUAAAAUUAUCUAUGAAACACAGUGUGAAACAAUAUUGUGUGCCUUUUAAUAAUAGCCAGAAGAUAAUGAAUGCCGCGAGAUAAUUUGCGUUAUUGAAUUUUGUUGAAAAAAAUGAAGAAUAUUGUUUUCGUAAAAUAGAUAUAGAUAUGAACAGACAUAACAAUACUAGAUAUAUAUAUAAAAAGAAACGAGCAAUUGUAUAGAACAUUUUCCAGAAAUUGUUUGCAAUUUAAUAUUGCGUGAUUCGAGACUCGAGUUCAAUAGAAAAUAAGAGUGAUCUGUUUUUUGUUUAGGAAUAAAAUAAAACCGCGUUCGUCCGAUUGCAUAUUUGAAUGCAGAGAGAAUAGCGGUUCAUCUCUUACUGCUCAUUAUGUUGUCGACGCAUAGGAAGAUGCGCUCAUUACCGGUUAUAUUAUGUCAUAUGAAAAGCAUCUCUUUUCUCUUUUCAAGCAUAAAGUACAAUAAUAUUAAUAUAAUAUUGAGAAUAAUGUCGAAAUUUCGAAUACUUUUACGAUUUAAAUGUACUCGAUUGUUUAUCGUUUGCUUAGGAAAAGUUGAUUACGUGUGAUUAUAUUAAAUCUGUUAUAUUGAAGAAGAAUUGUGUAUAUAACUUACUUUGGUCGCUCACCUAAUAAACAAGAAAUCAUUAAUAAUCCCAAAGCUACCUAUUGCAAAACCUAAGUAUAUUUUAUGAGAAUUAGUAAUGUGUAGGCACAUAUCUUAAUUGUACAUAGCACUUAAUACCGAUCAAACUUAAUAAGAAUGUUGUAGUAUAGCUUGUAAAUUUGAUUAACGAUGUGUGUCGCGGCACCAAAUGUCUUGUACAAAAAUGCAAUUUUUUAUUAAAAUUUAAUUUUAACGUCGCUAAGUGACAUAUUUUUAAACAGGAUGCAAAUUCUUUAAGAUCUGAUUGACGAUAUUUUAUAAAUUGAUAUAUUUAACGCUCAUUUUUUUACAAUUAAGAAAUUAAAAUUAGUAUUAAAAUAUUAACGAUGUGUAGAAGAGAGAAGAAUAAUUGUUCUCCAUACAUUUAAAAAAAUAUGUGCUGAUGAAAUUUACGGCAUUUACAAUUUACAUUUACGGCUGUAGUUUACGAUUCUUUAAAAAUGUAGAAAAAUUGUAUAUGUUAAUUUUAUAUGUUUUCGACGGCAGAUAUUAUUGCACAUAAUCCAUUGUUAUAUAUUUUUUAUUGCAUUUUGUGAGAAAAGUGCAAUUAUAUCCUAUUUAAUGUAUUUUACGUAAUUGUAUUUAAUUUUAACGAUCAAAGUAAUCUCGUUAUUCCUUUAAUUAUAUAUUUCCAUAAUUGACAAUUAUAGGAUAUAUAACAUGCAUCAGUACAGCGUAUGUAUAACCAAUAUGCGUGAACAUUUUUUAGGCUGUUGUGCAGCUAUGUACAUAAAUUUAAUCUCUACUUCAGAAAUGAUGUUCGUAUAUCAAGCUAAAUACCUCAUAGUAUCUAUGAAGGUGUAAACGCUACUUUUACGUCAAUAAAAACUAAUAUUACAUUUUAGAGAAAUUUUUUUCCAUAAAAUUAUUGCUACGAGUAUCACAGUAGGAAACUUAUUUUAUUUAUACACAUAUAUAUAUAUAUACAUAUAUAAUAUUAAAUAAAAAAAAAAAUAUAUAUAUAUAUAUAUAUGUAUGUGCAUAUGUGGUAUAAAAGUGAUGUUAUUAAUAGCUACAUAUAUGCGUGCCUUUUUUAUGUUUAAUUUAAAAACGUAAAUAGACCAUUUUUUUAUUACACUUAAAUAAUGAAACGCGUUUACUCGCCGGCCAAAACAAAACUUUUUUACUACGCUGUUUUAUUUACACAUGAUAUGUGUGAUUUGUGAUGCCAACUCUAAGAGUUGAGAGAAUAAUAAAUACCUUGUAGUUAGAAAUAUAACUGAGAGACUGAGAAAGAAAGAUUAUGAGCCUUAACCAGUGCAUAAUAUAUAAUGUGAUAUUUGGAGAGAUUUUUACACUUUCCCUUAAGUGCGUCUCGAUUAUCUUAGAAUAACACAAAUAGCGUAAUAAUCUUUAACAUUUAAAGAAUAUGUGUUGAAUAAUAUGUGAGGUAUUCUUAACGUAAUUCUAUUGAUGUAAAGAAACUUUCUUGAAGAUAUUUUAUCAUUGUAUAAAUUUUAAUUCCUGAAUAAUUUAUAUGAUCCAUAUAAUUAUAUUUUAAGAUAAUAAUUAAUUAAUUAAUUAAUAGUAUUAAAUAAUUAAUAAUAAUAUUAAAGAUAAGCUUUAUUUUGUUUUGCAAUUAUUACUUGCCAAUUGCAAUUUUUUAAAACGCGACAUAAAAUUUGAAAAAAAUAUUUGCUAUAUUAAGUAUAUAAUUAUAAUUAUAUUUUUUUGUAUUAACUCGAUUUAGCUUCUGUGUUAUUCUACGAUACAACCGCGAUUAGAUCGCGGCUUUCUAUGACUGUUACUGAUUAUUUAAUUUAUUAACUUAAUUUCUGUCAUAGUGGUAAAAAUAUAGAUGGGGAUAACUUGUUAAAAAAAAAAAUAUUUUCAUAACAAUCUUUUGGUCAUAUUGUAAUUUAAUAACGCAACUCGUAUGUUUAUUAAUAAGCAUCUCUUGCUUUUUUUUACAUUAUGAUUAUUAAUUGUAAUUAGAAAUGAUGAUUAUAGAAAUUUAUAUAGAAAUGUGUAUGUAUGAGAUUAUGAUACACACUAUUGAUUGAUUUCGUGUCUCCUUAAAUCCGAAAGAAGUAGAAUUUUACUUUCGGCGCAAUAAUUUCUCAUUUUGCACAUUAUUUAUUUCUGUACACAUAAGAGAGAAAGAGAGAGAGAGAGUUCGUAUGCUAUAUUUAUUACUGUAAAACGUUUAACCAUCUGUAAUUUACCACGCGAACCACACAUAUGUAUGAAUGUAUCUCUUUGUAUACCUGUAUGUUUGUACUUAUACCUUUUUACAAAAAAAAAACAAAAAGAGGAGAAACAACGCGAGAUUAUCGCAUACUUCCUACUCAGAUGUAGUGACGCUUAAAUCAAUAGCGAAGUAAGAUGAGGGAGACGUAUUACUUUGUACGUCUCUUUAGAAUUAAUUGAAUCUUUUAUUUCAGAAAAAAAAAGAUACGGAAUAAAAAGAUAUUUUUUCAGCCAUU